UUCAAAGCAAUAUGUCCGCUCACAGAGCUCGAACUGUCAAAUUCACGUAAACACAAAUAUUUUAUUUUAUUUUCAACUUUAUAGUUAAGAUGUGAAUGAUAACGAAAGUUUGAAGAUGGCUCAAGGGGUAUUAAGUUCGGAUAUCUCCAGGAGGAAUCCCCAAGAAGAUUACGAAUUAAUACAAAGAAUUGGGAGUGGAACUUAUGGUGAUGUCUAUAAGGCCAAAAGAUUGUCAACGAACGACUUAGCCGCUAUUAAGGUUAUAAAAUUAGAACCAGGAGAUGACUUUGGUAUCAUUCAGCAGGAGAUACUUAUGAUGAGAGAUUGUAGACAUCCAAAUAUAAUAGCAUAUUAUGGAAGUUAUUUACGUCGUGAUAAACUAUGGAUUUGCAUGGAAUACUGUGGGGGAGGAUCCCUACAAGAUAUUUACCACAUAACCGGCCCUCUGACAGAAACUCAAAUAGCAUACAUGUGUAGAGAGACUCUCUUGGGUUUAUCUUAUUUACAUGGCAUGGGUAAAAUGCACAGGGACAUAAAAGGGGCCAAUAUUCUUUUGACUGAGUGUGGUGAUGUGAAAUUGGCUGAUUUUGGUGUGUCGGCACAAAUUACAGCAACAAUCAACAAAAGGAAGUCUUUUAUUGGGACACCCUACUGGAUGGCACCAGAGGUGGCAGCAGUAGAACGAAAAGGUGGAUAUAAUCAGCUUUGUGAUAUAUGGGCAAUAGGUAUAACAGCUAUAGAAUUAGCUGAACUACAACCUCCAAUGUUUGAUUUACACCCUAUGAGAGCUUUAUUUUUGAUGUCAAAAAGUGGUUUCAAACCUCCAACAUUAAAGGAUAAAGAAAAAUGGAGUCCCACAUUUCAUAGUUUUGUAAAAGUUGCACUGACAAAGAAUCCAAAGAAAAGACCGAAUGCUGAUAAGUUGCUUCAGCAUGCAAUUUUCCAAGGAGAUAUGAGUAGAAGACUGGCAUUAGAAUUAUUACAGAAAGUUAAUAAUCCAUCACACAUGUUCACAGAAGAACCUGAUGAAGAUGGGGUCAAGCGAUUUCAUUCUAAAAAUGAUUGGCGGACUAGAGUAAUCUUACACCAACAUAAAAUAAUCUCCAAUAAUUGGGACCAAUCAAACAAUAUGUUCUACAGAAACGCCGUUCCAAAUGUACCUCAGCGAAUUGCAUCACGUAUGACCUCCCGACCAAAGCCUCAAAACGCUAUACUUCUGUCCGACAUCCAGCACAUAGACGAAGCCAACAAUACACUUCAGAGAACCGCACCUUCGCCGCCUUCAAUAAACGAAUCGUCGCAACAGUGGGACUUGAUGGACAUAAUGAACAACGUUAAGUCGGUGCACGAGUGUGGAGAACAUGCUAACAAAAAGUGCGGCAUGGGGACCGCCUUCGACUCCCUGAACAGAGAGAAUUCGGCGGAUAGAAAAACAAUGACGGGUUCACAAAUACUGAAUAUGUCAUUGAGGAGCCUAUUGCAGUACAUUGAUGAAGAAUUAAUGAUGAGGGGAGCCUACAAGUAUCAUCCGACGGACACUUACACCCAGCAGGCGACCCUCCCUGUCCAAGACACCGAAGUGAACGUAAAAUGUGAUGUACAUACGAUACCUUCUAGUCCGACAAACGAUCCGUCUCUCAAUGGAUCCCCACGCAGACAUUCCUCAGUAGACGAAAUAUUCGGCCUUGUCAACUCUAUGAACAUAAAUGGCCAGAGGCAACGUUCCCUUAGUGACAGUGGCAGGACUGAUAGGAACAUAAAUGGCACUGAAGAAGAAAGCAACAACCACGACACCAGUGCCCCGGACCUGGUGGCCUGCCCACCCGUUCCCCCCAGGAAGCACCGCAGGAGACACACGCCACCCAGACCGCCCAGCAAUGGGCUCCCACCCACACCGAAGGUGCACAUGGGCGCCUGCUUCUCCAAGGUCUUCAACGGCUGUCCGCUGAGGAUCCACUGCACCGCCUCGUGGAUCCACCCGGACACCAGAGACCAGCACAUACUGAUAGGAGCCGAGGAGGGAAUCUACAAUUUGAACCUGAACGAACUGCACGAGACCUGCAUAGACCAGUUGUACAACAGGCGGACCGUGUGGAUGUACGUGAUCAAAGACGUGCUGAUGACGCUGUCGGGCAAGACGCCGCAACUGUACAGGCACGACCUGCUGGGCCUGCAGAGCAAACAGUCGCACCGCUUCAGCCUGCACAUGAACCGGAUCCCGGAGCGGCUGGUGCCGAGGAAGUUCGCGCUGACCACCCGCGUGCCGGACACGCGUGGCACGCAGAAGUGCUGCGUAGCCCGGAAUCCGUACAACGGUUACAAGUACUUGUGUGGUGCCACGUCCACAAGUAUUUUCUUGAUGCAGUGGUACGAUCCGCUUAACAAGUUCAUGCUUUUGAAGCACGUGGAUUGCAUGCUGCCGAAUCCGCUGAACGUCUUCGAGAUGAUAAUAACGCCGGAAUUUGAGUAUCCAAUGGUAUGCGUGUCCAUUAAACAAGCCUACCAAGCGAAUACGUACAAAUUAGAUUUAAUUAAUAUGAAUUCAGGAGCAAGCUGGUUCCAUUCAGACGAACUACAAGACAUGGACGGUACGGCGACGGUGGUGCCCAAACGCGAAAACUUAGAUAUAACAUGUGUAACACAAUUAGAUAAGGACUCGAUUUUAGUAUGCUACGAUAAUUUAGUCAAGAUAAUUACCCCCAAAGGCACACUAGUUAAGUUAAGUAAGAAACAAGUCAAUGAUCUACGGUUCGAUUUCAAAAUUGAAAAUAUAUUGUGUCUUCCGGAUAGUGUUCUGGCUUUCCACAAGCACGGAGUGCAAGGCAGAUCGCUGAAAAAUGGUGAAAUCACUCAGGAGAUCACCGACGUUUCUAGGACUUAUAAAUUACUAGGAUCUGACAAAGUUGUAAUGUUAGAAAGUAAUCUACUAAGGACGGGAACAUUAACCAAUGAAGAAGGUCACGACUUGUACAUUUUGGCGGGACAUGAAGCGAGUUAUUAAUAAAUGGAUAAAUGCUCACCAUUAUUGAGAUUAUUGCUUUGCUUUAGACAGUUAGACUAAUCAAAAACUUAACUUAUUCGUAGUGUAGUUUAGAUAGGUCCUGAAUAUAAAUACAGAAAUCGUGAUGUCAUAGGAGAAGUUUUGUGCUCUUUAAGAGUAAACUGUACUCCACAAUCGCACAAACUACACCGACGUGACAAUUACCUUCCCUUUAAUUAAUAAAAUAGGGCUUUUAUUUAUAAAAGAAUCGUAAUAAACAUAGACUGGAUUAAUAAGACUUGAUCGUAUUACUUUGAGAGAACUAGUCAUGUGUGUGGUACUAACAUCAUGCAGGCGUGAUAGAAUAGAUCAAAAAAAAAUAAUUAAAAUCGACGAGUAUGCGACUGAUUGAGGAAUCAAAAUUUAAUUAAUUUCCCCGAAAAUUAUGCGGUGAAGUUUGUGUCGUUUUGGCGUGUUUAAUAAAUAAUAACGUUACAUACAAUUGACAUACCUCAAUUAUAUUUCUCUAGCGUUUUAGAAGAAAUAUGUAAACACGGUAUUUGAAUUAUUUUAGAUACCAAAUUUUAGAAUGAAUUAAAUUGAAAUAUAUAUAAUAUAUUUUCAUGAUAAUAAACAGAUUAUAUGAAAGAGAUUUUGAUGAAUAAAAUUUAAAUUUAGCGAUUAAGUUGGAAAUGUACAAAAGAAGUUUCAAAUAAAUUCGUUCCUGAUUCACAAAUUAUUUAUUGAUUUGCUACUAUUUUAAAAUAUCUAGGGUGUAACUCUCUUAGGAUACAAAAUAUAAAUAAAUCUGAAUGUUAAUUUCAAAUUGAUUAAGCUAAACAAAUCUAAUAAAUAAUAGUAUUAGAUCAGAUUAAAUAAAAUGUCUGGUUCAAUAGGAAACAUAUCCUUUAAAUACUACUAAAUAAAUUAAUUUGUGAAUGUAGGUUUUAAAAUUGUUGGUAAAACAUGUUGUUUUAUUUCUAACCUAAUGUUAAUUAUGCAAUAUUUGUAAAUGACAAAUUAAAACCCAUUGUUGGGGGUGUUUAAAAAUUUGUCAUGAACCUGUCUUGUGUAGUAACAUUUAGAAAUAUUAUAUAGAAAAUUAAAUGUAACUGAUAAUCAUUUUCGAAAAAAAGUAUUUGAAAUAUUCGAUAAUAUUAAAUUUAUUUAAUUCUUACGACAAACGUAGCCUGUUAGAUUACAAAGAAAGAUCUAUUUUAAAAUAAAUAAAAUUGUAAGUGAUCUAACAAUUUUUUGUGUGUUUUUAAAUAUUUUGUACUUGUACUUCGUUUAAAAAAUAUUUGCAUAUUUACUAUACCACUCAACAUCACCGUCUUUAACGUACAAUACAUGUAAAUUUUUAAAAAGCUGCAUAUUAUAGAUAUAAUAUUAUUGCAUUAGCAAUUCCUGAUAUUUACUUUUUUCCAUCAACAAUCAGUCUAUUUUAUUAUCAUACUUACUUAAAUAGUUGUACCAAGUAAAUUUUAUAUCUAUAAUAUUAAUUAAUUAAGUUAUUUACACGCAGACUACACUACUUUUUUAGAUUUCUGUAUUAAAUAUGUAUAGUCAACAGCAUUAUCGACUGUGUUAUAUUUCGUAUUAAUUAAUAAAACUAAAUAUUUACUUAUGUAAUUAAUUUUUAUCUUGUAUAUAUUGUAAAAUAUAUGUCAGAUACCAAAAAUAAUUUAUUAUUUAGGUUUGGACUUUUUGUACGUGACCCAAACGUGUUAGUAUGUAUACAUAUAUUUUUAUUAUAUUUUCUGAAUUUUGUUAACAUUAUUUUUAGUUGAUUUUGUCACUAUUGUAUUGUAAAUGUUAAUUUUAUUUAACGAAAUAAAAUAUUUUAAUUGUUA